CCUGGGUGUGUCUGUGCAUUUGCCCCUAUUUCUUGAGGGUAAGUCGAAAUGGUUUAGGUUUGUUUCCGAGCAAGCUGAAGCCUUUCUUUCACAUCUUUCUUGUGGGCACCCGGCUGUCGCCUUUGCCCCCUUGUGACCCGAUGAAACCCCAGUAACCACCAUCUUGGGGUUGGGCGGCCGGGAUAAGGGAGGCGGAGUGUAUAGGGUGGAGGCAGGCCAACCACGCGGAAGUGACGCAUGGCGCCGCCAUGUCUUUUGAGGGCGGCGACGGCGCCGGGCCGGCCAUGCUGGCUACGGGCACGGCGCGGAUGGCAUCGGGGCGCCCCGAGGAGCUAUGGGAGGCCGUGGUGGGGGCUGCCGAGCGCUUCCGGGCCCGGACGGGCACGGAACUGGUGCUGCUGACGGCUGCACCACCCCCGCCGCCCCGCCCAGACGAGGACGAACCAACAGAGACGGAGACCUCUGGGGAGCGGCUGGGCGUCAGUGAUAAUGGAGGACUCUUUGUGAUGGAUGAGGACACCACGCUCCAGGACUUGCCCCCCUUCUGUGAGUCGGACCCUGAGAGCACAGAUGAUGGGAGCCUGAGCGAGGAGACCCCUGCCGGCCCCCCAGCCUACUCAGUGCCUCCGGCCUCAGCCCUGCCCACACAGCAGUACGCCAAGUCCCUGCCCGUGUCCGUGCCCGUGUGGGCCUUCAAGGAGAAGAGGACAGAAGCACGAUCGUCUGAUGAGGAGAAUGGGCCGCCCUCCUCGCCGGACCUGGACCGUAUAGCGGCAAGCAUGCGCGCGCUGGUGCUGCGGGAGGCCGAGGACACUCAGGUCUUCGGGGACCUGCCGAGGCCACGGCUCAACACCAGCGACUUCCAGAAGCUGAAGCGGAAAUACUGAGGCCCAGGCAGGGAGCUUCCUGGCCUGGCGUCCGCCCCACACGACACUACACCCCUGCCCCGCCCCCGGGGCCCGCCAAUCCGAGUCAGAUCCGCGACCGGCCUCCCACACCCUCCGGCUCCAGGACUGACCAGUCUUUGCCAA